AUGGAUGGAGACAAUGAGACAUUUGCAUCAGGAUUUAUUCUCCUGGGCUUCACAGCCCGAGCAGACCUGCAGGUGAUGUGCUUUAUCUUGUUCCUUGCCAUCUAUGUGGUCACUUUGGUAGGGAAUCUGGGAGUAAUCGUAUUAAUCCGGAUUGAUCUGUGCCUCCACACCCCCAUGUACUUUUUCCUGAGUCACUUGUCCCUGUUGGACAUCUGCUACUCCUCUACCAUCAUCCCUCAAAGCCUCAGGUUUUUUUUAGUGGAGAAGAAGGUGAUUUCCUUCGCUAGAUGUGUCACCCAGCUCUUCUCCUUCGCCACCUGGGCCACCACUGAGUGCUACGUGCUGGCUGCCAUGGCUUACGAUCGCUACGUAGCCAUCUGCAAGCCCCUGCUCUACCCCGUGGUCAUGUCCCAGAGGCUUUGCUUUGGCAUGUUGGCAAGUGCCUACUUGGCUGCUGUGAUCAGCUCCACCAUACACACAGUUUCCGUAUUCCAUGUCCCGUUCUGCCGCUCCAAGGUGAUCAACCACUUCUUCUGUGAUGGACCUCCUCUGCUCGCCCUCUCCUGCUCCAACACCCACCUCAGUGAGGUGGUGGUUGCUGCUGUGGUGGGAUUCAACGUGCUCAACACCACAGUCUUCAUUCUGGUAUCCUACUCGUUGGUCCUUUCUGCUGUCCUGCGGAUCCGCUCCACGGAUGGUCGGCACAAAGCCUUCUUCACCUGUGCCUCACACCUGGUCUCCAUCUCUCUGUACUAUGGCAGCUCCCUCUUCAUGUACCUGCGUCCUGUCUCCAGACACUCCUUGCAGUGGGAUAAGGUGGUCUCCAUGCUGUAUUCUGUCGCAGUCCCCAUGCUGAACCCAUUCGUCUGCAGCCUAAGGAACACAGACAUGAAGAAUGCCAUGAGCAAAGCAAGAGGUAGAAUCCUCACCUCCUUGUCCAUCUGUGGUCCCCCAUUGGCUGAAAGAAGAGGACAACCCCACCACAGUGAGAGGUGGUAG